GAUUAAUAGACUUCAUUAUCGAUGGAUUCGUCAUGUAAUAACGGCGUUGUCUUGGGAUCCUUCUCUUUGUUAUCAAUUACGGAGUAAACUGCACUGAUAACCACCGACGUCAGCCGGCAUUAGUAUUUGUCCAUCCGUUAUUGCGAUUGCAACUUACGCGAUCAGGAGAGGAUACAGAGGAAGGCGAGAAAAAGAAGAAGAAGAAGAAGGGCCAUAACCAUGGCCAUUCUCGACAAGGAAAGCCGUUCACGCGGUCUCCGAAUGCCAUCACUUUCUGCAAUCAAAUCCAGAAAGAAAAACGCCGAAUCACCACCACGGAGAGAUUCAAGUUCUGAGGAAGUCGCGAUACCAGCACGAAUGGACUCGGUACCGGGCCGAUUUCUUCACUCGCAAGAGAAGGACCUGCCGCCCAACCCGCUGCCUUCUCCUCCCCCAUUCCCCUCUGCCCCAACCGACUCGUUUUCAAACCAGUCGCCGUACCAUCACAUCAACCCUACACCUAAAUAUGAAGACCGCCCACUCCCCAGAUUUCCUCGAGUUCCCGUUCCCAAGCGGGAGGAGCCUCCGGCUCCGGCUCCUGUACAACAAGUAACUCCUCCAUCCAGUGAAGAUCAGUACCCUAUCCACCAUCAGGAACACGUUCGGCCAAUCGAGGACCCUCUAGAGAGCUUUAUUCCCGAGCCAGAACCAGAACUCGAUGACAGCAGUGCGACUGUCGAACCGGUCUCAGUCGAAGAGAGUAAUGGACCAUGGACGCCGCCAGAUUACGAGCCCGUCGCCGCACCGCUAAACCAAUUACACUAUGCCUGCUAUCAGGAACAUCGGUCGAUGCCCACUGCAAACAACCUCUGGCAUCCACUUCCAUGUAUGACCUGCCAGAAAUACGAUCGAGAAAUUCGAUACCGAUGCGUUUUCUGUUGCCUGCGCAUUUGCGCCGGUUGUUACCAGGCGCUGCAGAAAUGCCCGAAUCGCUCGCUGGAGCAGCUGAUGAAAACGAUGCCCUCCCACGACUAGCUUUUCACUCAUCACUGAUCGUUGUUCUGACCUGUCCAGGGCAUGGGUGUUGGUUCCAUAGUUUAAUUUCUUAUACAUAUUUUCGGGUUGAUAUAUUAAAGUUCAGUUCGUUGCGCUCUCGUUGCCGGAGCUUAUUAUCUGUUCAUGUUAUGAUACGUCAAGAAAUCUUUGCAGAUAUUUCGUCGUUAUUUAUUGUAUAUAUGGUCACGGGUUUAGGUCAAUGUAUGAUUAUUAGGAGUUCGCUUAGACAGUAUAGAUUAUUUUGAUCUGA